ACAACAGCCAUGUCUACAUUAUGGGUCAGAUAGGAGACCAUCGGCUUUAAUCUGGUUGACUUCAGUAGAUGUAUUUCACCGUUAUACCUUCUUUUGGAGCUGUGUAUCCGGAAAUGAACGCGUAUUUUUAGCCGCAGAUUGAAGCUCCUCUGCGGCUCCAGCUGCGUCUCUUUGUCUCCAGGAAACACGAGAGGAUGUUUAUUAUAAGACGCUAAAAAACAAUUGACGAGCGCGUUUUUGUCGAGCCUUAAAAAUAUAUAUAUAAAAAGAAAAAAAAAGGUGUUUCCACAACAAAAACAAGAGGACUGUAGAUGUGAUUCCUUUUCCCAUUGAGGGCGUUUAACACAAAACAAAUCCACAUAAUGAUGUCCGGAAAGCAUUUCAAGGCUCAUGAAGUGAGCUGCUGCAUCAAGUAUUUCAUCUUCGGAUUCAACAUCAUAUUCUGGUUCCUUGGAGUGGCGUUCCUCGGCAUCGGGCUGUGGGCAUGGAGCGAAAAGGGUGUUCUGUCCAACAUCUCGUCCAUCACAGACCUGGGGGGCUUUGACCCGGUCUGGCUCUUCUUGGUGGUGGGUGGUGUGAUGUUCAUCCUCGGAUUCGCUGGUUGCAUCGGAGCGCUGCGAGAAAACUCUUUCUUGCUCAAAUUUUUCUCCGUGUUCUUGGGUAUCAUCUUCUUCCUGGAACUGACUGCAGGAGUCCUGGCCUUUGUCUUCAAAGAUUGGAUCAAGGACCAACUCAAUUUUUUCAUUAACAACAACAUUCGGGCCUACAGAGACGACAUCGAUCUGCAGAACCUGAUAGACUUCACUCAGGAAUAUUGGGAGUGUUGUGGCGCAUUCGGAGCUGAUGACUGGAAUUUGAACAUCUACUUCAACUGCACUGAUACGAACCCGAGUCGUGAGAAAUGUGGCGUGCCCUUUUCCUGCUGCACCAAAGAUCCAGCGGAGGAUGUCAUCAACACUCAGUGUGGCUACGACAUCCGAGCAAAACCGGACUCUGAGCAGCGAACCUUCAUCUAUAUCAAAGGAUGCGUCCCUCAGUUUGAGAAGUGGCUUCAAGACAACCUGACGGUGGUGGCAGGCAUCUUUAUUGGGAUUGCAUUACUACAGAUUUUUGGCAUCUGUCUAGCGCAGAAUCUCGUGAGUGACAUUGAAGCUGUGAGAGAGAGUUGUUUGUUUACCUAAUGAGACCCCCGCUGAAUCUCCAAAGGCAAGAAGGAUGUACCAGGACUCUGCAGUUUGGACGCCGGCAAUGAAGGGAAAAACAUGAAUCAGCUGAUGUGUCCUGAACAAAGAGUCUCAUUCACAUGUAAAUAGUAAAUGUAGAGUUAUUUUUAGAGUUAUUUGUGGCCCUGUUCUCUGAAUGAAGCACAACCUCUAAAAUGUAUUGUAGCUCUCAUACAGUACACAUUAAACAAAUGCUUUACAGUGUGAUGGUGAAGUGGCUCAAAUGAUGAGUCCCACAGCUCAGACUACUUUAGUUUGUAAGCCUGUAAAUGAAGAGCGGAGAGGGUCAUAACUGGUAGAUGUGAUGUUUUACCAGAGGUGGUGCUUCAUUCAGAGAAGGGCCUUGGUUUUAUAUGUCUCACAGCUGCAGUUUUUAACACUGCAUGUAAAGGUUGUGUACAAAGAUAAAAGUGAUUCUGGAAAUGCACUGCAUGCCUUUUGUCUACUGGUAGGACAUUGGCUCUCCUAAAUGUAUUUCAUUAAUGUUAAGUAUUUUAAAAAAAAAUAUUUGUAAAAUAGUUUAAAGUAGUUUAGAGUGAAGCGGCUGGUUAGCACUUUGUUGAAUGUUUAAUGGAAUCUACUUAAAGCGGCAGAGAAUUAACUUUACAUGUAUUUCCAUCUGUGACAUUAUGCUCGUUUUCUACAGAUACAGUUUGUAAGCAGCGUUUCGUGGGGCUGAGAUGGAUUUAGCAGCAUGUAGUAUCAUGAAGGGAUGUGAUUUGAUAUUGUAGGCUUUCCAAAGUUGCAGUUUUUUAAGAGUUUUGGCAGUGACAUUAAAACAAUGUCUUACAGGGUUUUUUUUGCGAUUGCUUAUACACUUGUUGCGGUAUUCGGCUCUUGUAUCAAAACUCUACACACGAGCCAAUAAGACACAACACUUGUAUGUCGAAAUGAAACUCUGCAAUCCUUUUUCAAAAUGUCAUUUUUGCAACAAAAUGAUUUUGAAUUCUUCUUUCAAAGCAGGAACGACACACUGAUGUACUUUAUGCAAAACACUGCUCUCUUUAGUACUUUGCAUUCCUUCAUUUUCUCAUACAGGCUUCUGUGAAAGAACGUCCAAGUACAUCGACU